AUGCGCGUACUUGAGAGAGCAGCAAAAAAUAGUAGCACUUGUACUAAAAUAAAGGAAGCAGUAAACCAAAGGCUUGAAAGAAUCGAUAGUGAUGUCGGGAGAAUGUUAGCAAGUAUAUUAGAAAGAUCUUACAAGAAGAUUAAUAUUGACAGA